AAAAUUCGAAUAAAAGUGAACGCGUUUCACCACCACCUGCAUGCGUAUGCCUUCACCGAAGGCCAAUUAGAAAUGACACAAAAUUUCACGAAAUUUAAGAAUAUAUAUUGCAAAGAAUUGGAUUUGCCGUUGAUCAUGUUGAAAUUUUUAUUUAAUGGACAGUACAUCGGCGAUACGGAGACCCCCAGCGACUUGGGCAUGGAAGAAGGCGACCAAAUCGAUAUAUACACGGCGAAGGAAGGUCCUGGUGUAUCGGAGUUCAUCGAAAACCAAUUCAAAAAAUUCCUGAUUCAAAAAUGCCGCCCAUUCAAUUCUCAGGGAGUGUGGAAGUCAAAUGGUUAGAACGGCAGACUAGGCGGAAGACAAUUGGCUUGGCAGACAAAAAAAAGACGCGAUGAUGGCAAACUCUACUCCACUCUACUCUUCUUCAAGGCGGCAACUCUACUCCACUCUACUCUUCUUCAAGGCGGCAACUCUACUCCACUCUACUCUUCCUCAAGGCGGCAACUCUACUCCACUCUACUCUUCCUCAAGGCGGCAACUCUACAGACUCUCCUCUACACGAAACUGGAGGACCCUGCUCUCACAUAGAUCAUUAAAUCGUUAAAUUGUUCAACA